GCCCGUUCUUCCAAGGUUGAAUCUUACAACAAUCAUUUCAUUCUUCUAUGGCCACUACGGAGUCCACCAGAUUAUACACACGUUGUUCAUCUUCUCGGUUUCUAAAACUAUGCAACAGGCUCCCUCCUGAGAAAUUGGACGUGGUUCGAGACCUUCAAUUUGGAGGUCUUCUUCACUUAAAUUGCAAGGAGAUCCGGCAUAAUCUCUGUACAUGGCUGAUUGCCCAUUUUAAUGUUGGGUACAAACGCAUUGAGAUUACAUCCCACAUAAGGUAUGAUCUGACAGCUGCUGAUGUCGGCCUUGUCUUUGGCCUCCCGACGACUGGCCGGAUUCUAGAUAUUGCUACUACCCCGUCUGAUCAUCCAUUCGGUACCCUCAACACAUGUGAGGAGAGACUCCUCAACUUACCAAUUGGGGAGGAGUUCCGUAGAUGCUUCAUUUACUACGCUUGUGCGACGCUAUUAGCCCCCACCUCAAGGAUUGAUGGAUGCCGAAACUUGUGGCAUACCAUCCAUGAAGAUGGUUUCAGAAAUGAUGUUAAUUGGGGCCAAUUUGUUGUUGACCAGCUUGUGGAGGGUAUAAGACGAUUUAAGCAAGGGAACAGCGUCUGGGUUCAUGGUUGCAUUAUUUUCCUCCAGCUCCAUUACGUAAUGAAAUUCAAAAUUCCUUCCGUUCAUGUUCCGAUGACAGCGCCCCUACUCUCAGCAUGGUCAGAUGAGUUGAUAAAGGAGCGCUUAUCUGCUGAGAUAAGUGAGUUUGGGAGUUUUGGACAUGGCGAGGCGUUUGCUGAAUCGUCACCGCCCCGUACACAUGUCGAGGAUGACAGUGGACCGACAAGUAGUAAUGAAAUCUUGGAUAAGUACUACGCAGCUGAACGCCAAAUAAAUUCUUAUCAAAAAGGCAUUCAGCACCAGCUUGGCAUCAUGCGUGGUCUGAUCCAAAGAUUGGAUGGUCGAAGAAAAAGAAGUGUACAUUCACCUACUGCUGCUCACUCGGGCUAUGCAGCGGAUGAGUUUCCUGAUGCCGAGCCUGAUUCAUCCGCUGCCCGAUAUGACAUGCCAACCCAUUCCACCGAACAAGUACCGGACACUCCUAUUCGCCAUCCACCUAUUAUUGCUGAUGACGAAGUUGUCGUCCUUGACCCCUUACCUUUGCGUUCUAUGACUGUGGCCCGAUCCCAUAGCAUUGGGAGGCAACGGAGAGUCCGUCGGAUGGCUCCCAGUGUAUUGUCACCAUUCAUAGCGCAGGCACAAACGCGACAUUCUGCCAUAAAGAUGGACCUAAAAGCGGCAGCUGCAACUGUAUUUGAUGGGGAGUUGGACCCCAGCGAAGAGUUUGUUUCCAUGCACGACACAAGUUUAACCAGAGGCAACCUCGCGUCUUUCCAGGGAGACUCUUGGAUUGGCAAUGAUGUCGUGGAUGCAUUUUGCCGAAUGUUGCAAUUCGAUGAUGAAUCAAGGACAAAACUAUUUCUCUCCCCAUACAUAGCUGACAUGGUGAUUCGUUCCAAUGCAAAAUAUUUGACGCACGAUGCAAUUGUUGCGCGUUUUGAUCCAUAUAUGUAUGCCUUUGAUGGUUCGUAUCAGCAUGUUACUCAGGUCUACUUACCGGUCCUUUUUAAAAACCAUUGGACACUUUAUGUCUAUGACUUGCAUAAUAAGCGAAUCCAGCUCUUGGAUUCUCGGCCUGGACGAAAAAGGAGUUGUAUGACUGGAAUACAACAAAAAUUGGUAAGGUUCCUUCCACUCCCCUAA